UCUCUUCCCCCUCUUUCUCCCUGUUUCCUCCGAUGAUUCUCUCAGGUUGAGCCUUUUCCUUAUCACGGGAAUCGACUUGCCAAAAUCGAGCCGUGAGGAGGCGAGGCUUUCGAAGUAGCUGGGAAGAGUGGAGAGCCCAUUCGAUAACGAGAUACUGGAGUUGAUCGCCAGUGAAGUCGCUGCUCCGGUGCGGGUCUGUCCAAACGGUGCCGUUCAUUUAUGGAGUUCUUCGAAAAGUGGUUCCUCGGUUUCUUCCGCGAGGAUCGCCUGACCGUCCGCAAUUUCAAUCCGUAUACUCCGAGGGGCCUGGACGAGAUACAGUAUCCUCGCCAGUGGCGAAAUGUCAGGUUCGUAGGGUCUCGCGCUUCCACCCUUUGUAUUGCUAAUGUGGCCGAUGGUGAGGUAGCUAUAUGGGAGCCGCUCUCUGGUCGUCAUAGCAUCUUGCCACCUGCUGAGAUACCCCAUGGAUGGGGUCUCUCUGUUUAUGGCUUUGGAUAUAACGGUAAGCAUGACCGUAAUGAUGAUGAUGAUCAAGAUAAGUUUGUGUUGUUGAGGGUGGAUCAGACCCUACGAAGUCCGAUAGUUUCUCAGGUUAGCAUUUAUAGACAAGCAGAUAGCACUAUACAAACAACUAACACGUGGACGCGGCUUCAGGCGAUGCCAUACUAUCUGAAUGAGCCGGCCAGAAUGGGGGUAUUCGAUGGCAGCCGUCUGUACUGGUUAAUGAGACGCUACCCAGUGCGAAAUUCGGAGAAAGUGUUGGUGGGUUUUAAUAUUUAUACUGAGAGUUUUAUGGAGGAGGACCUGCCUAAUGCUAUUGACAAUAGACUUCGCAUGGAUUUGGCUGCCUUUGAAGAUCGGCUUUGGCUUACCGUUUAUGGUGAGGUAGGGGUUGUCGAUGUGUGGAUUAGGACACAAUCUAGUUCGGAGCGACCAUGGGAGCGGCUGUUCUCGCUACGUGACCACUGGUGGGGUUUGCGACCUAUCCAGCCAGUGGAUAUCUCCCGCAGCAUCGUUGGUCCUCGAAUUUUGAUGGAAGUGGGCGGUCCGACUAAGAUUCUCAGUUUGUACAAUUUAAUUACCAACAAAGUCGAGCAAUUCGAAUUACUCGACAUGCCAAGGUACUUUGACAAAGCAAUUCCUUUAUGGUUGCAGGGUUGACCGAAUUGCCAAGAUGAAGGGGUACGACAACCUUCCAGACUAUUUCCAGCUACUCUCUGAGCUAAUGGAGUCGUGUAAGUGGUUUGCGGAACAAACUUCAUCGAGCAUGAUAUUUUGCAAAUAGGACUUUAAUUAGGAAAAUACAGCUCCAUUUGGGCUGUCUAUUUGAGGAGGGAGGCGGACAGUUAUUGUACCUAAUUAGUGAAAUUUUGCAUUGGAUAGUGUUUUCCUUCUCUUGAUGAACCAUCUUAUGAUGGCACAUGCUGUCUUGUCCCAUUGGUAUGACAUGCAAUGGAGGAAUGAAACGGGAGCGAAAGUUUUAGAUAUCUAGUGUGAAGGAGAUCUUGAAGGAUUCUAUAGCGAGUUUCCCUGACAUUUGCAUAAUUUGACAUAUAUGAGGUGCUUUAUAAAGUUUAUUUGGAUAUUGUUGUGUU